AUGGUGCAGUCAUUCACAGCUUUGCUCGGUCUCAUCUGUCUGUUGGCAUGCAAAGCAAAUGCUGCCACAGAUAUGGGACCUGCUGCCUUCCUCUGGCCACCCGAUCGAGCAUGGGGGGCAGAACAAGAUAACACAGCGCCCUGUGGCUCCUCUGCCGGAGUAACAAAUCGCACAGACUUCCCACUCACCAACGGCAAGGUCUCUCUGGUCCUCCAGGAUGAGUCGUACAACGUCAACUUGGCCAUCUCCUACGAAAACGAUCCGACUUCAAACCGUGACUUCACAACCCUGGUCUCUUCGUCGAACUUCCCCGAUCUAGAUCCCGGCCACGAAUGUUACGCUGUGCCGAAUCCUCCAUCUAACAUCACGUCCGGCGCGAACGCAACCCUCCAGCUCUCGUACUUGUCUACCUUCGACACAGAAAAGAAUGAGACUUUCUAUGCGUGCUCGGAUAUCACUUACAUCCCUCUUGCUUCGUUCACUACCAAUGUCCUCUGCUUUAAUGUCUCGGAGUCCACAAGCUCGGAGUCGAGUGACAGCUCCGCAACCCCGAGCUCCAAGGCCUCUUCGGGCUCUUCAUCUGGGCUGUCGGGAGGGCAAAUCGCGGGUAUCGUGGUUGGAUGCGUUGCUGGUGCGGCGCUUGCUGCUGUUGCGCUGUUUGUCCUGUGGACAAGAUACCAGAGGAAGGUUCAGAGGGAUAAGGUGGUUGCUGUUCGCAUGGGGGACUGGGGGAAUAAGGCAAAGGCUGAUGAGCCGGGGUCUGGUAGUGUCUGA